GCUAUACUUGAACUUUCCUGAGCUCUGCUGCAAACCCUGAAAUAACCUCCAGAGGAAGAGAGGUACAUCACCAAACAGCUGAACGCUUCUUCCAUUCGUCCUGUCAUUCUAAACCACAUCACAAUGGACCUUGAGCUGUGUGUGUCUGUGUCUGAGGGAUCAUCAUCUACCUGUCACUUCCUAAACAGGGCAUGUGUUAUUUAUAUCGGCCAGUAGACAACAGCACGGCUGAUCUACAAAAGGCAGUUCCUCCGCGCCCUAUUGUCCGGCUGCACUCGGGAUCUCCUGAGAUUCUCCUCCGUCCAGCAGCGCUCAUGGCACCAAAGAAAGCAAAGAAGAGGGCGGCCGAAGGAGCGAACUCCAACGUCUUCUCUAUGUUUGAACAAGCUCAGAUCCAGGAGUUCAAGGAGGCGUUUACCAUCAUGGACCAGAACAGAGACGGAUUCAUUGACAAGAAUGACCUGAGGGACACGUUUGCAGCUCUGGGCCGGCUCAAUGUGAAGCAGGAGGAGAUUGAUGAGAUGUUGAAGGAGGCGUCGGGUCCGAUCAACUUCACCGUCUUCCUCACCAUGUUCGGAGAGAAACUCAAAGGAGCUGAUCCAGAGGAAACCAUCCUCAACGCCUUCAAAGUGUUCGAUCCUGAAGGGAAGGGAAUCCUGAAGAAGGAAUAUAUUACUGAGAUGUUGACCACGCAGGCCGACCGGUUUUCUGCUGAGGAGAUGGAGCAGAUGUUCGCUGCGUUCCCUCCAGACGCUGCAGGUAACCUGGACUACCGCAAUCUGGUCCACAUCAUCACUCACGGAGAGGAGAAGGACCAGGAAUAGUUCACUCAGCCAAUCACAGCGCUCCCUGUGUGUUUGUACCCGCCCACUUGUUUAUGAUUGACAGGCUUGAAACGGAUGUAGUUAUUGAAACAAGAAUGUUCUGAUUUUUUAACGUAUGAUGAUGUUGUGUUGAUGUUUACACCUUUGGCAUGAAACCUGUCAGACUUUACUUACAAAAAAGUAAUGUAAUUGGUAAAUAAAUAUAUUGAU